AUGGCAAACCUGGGCGAGCUGCGCGACAUCGUGCACAGGAUGCAAGAAGAACAUAUGAUGCUCAAGAACCGGGUCUUUGAGCUGGAUGCCGAGAAGGAGAUGCUCAGGCAGGGCAUUCGCAAGCUCAAGAUGGAAAACAUUCGCAUGAAAGAGAAAAUGAAGGCGAUGAAGACGGCGAUCAGCGAAAUCGGUGGCCAGGUCAUCGAAGCGAAAGAGUACGACGAGCUGGGCCGCAACGAGUUCCUGCUGAUCGGCGGCAAGCACGACCCGCUCGGCACCAAGUACGAGGCCACCAUCAAGGACGACAACGGUCUGGAGCACAAAUCGGUGGAGCGCUUCUAUUGGUACAAAAUGGCCGAACACUUUGGUGACGCCGACGCCAUGCACAAGAUCCAAACGGCCGGCACUGGCAUCGACGCCGAGGAGGUGGCGAAGAACAUCAAGAACUUCAACGAGGAGAAAUGGAAAGCAGAAAAAGUCACCUACUGGGAGAUGGGCCAGCGGCUGAAGCUCGAGCAACAACUCGGCACGGGCUGGCGCAAGAACCGCGAGGAGGCCAACAAGCCCAUCUUCUGGGACGGCGAGAAUUUGGGCGGCAAGUUCCUGAUGAAGUACCGCCAGGACUUGGCCAAGUCACACCAAUGGGCCGGACCCUUCGAAAAACAGGAGACCGAGAAGAAGCACGCCGAGAUGAAGAAGUACGUGUGGCGCCGCAUCGACAAGACGCGCUUCGUGGCCGCCGAUAUGGCGGCCGGCAUGGGUGGUCCGCGCGGCGGACGUGGCGGCUAUGGCUAUCGCGGCCGCAUCGGCUUCGCCGGACGUGGAGGCCGAGGUGCUUACAGAAGCCGGGGAACCUUC